CUACAAACGGCAUCCGCUCAACCAGAGCACCAACCAUCGAGGCGAGGCCGACCACCAACCAAAGCAAACAAAUGACGCCCUCCCCCCCAGUGGCACGCCGCGUAAAUAACCCGCAACCCCGAGCCCCCUUCGCCACCCCUUCCUCUAUAAAUGCAGGAGGACAGCUCACCUCCCACACCCUCUCAAAUCUCUCUGACCGGUGGACUCCGUGUGCGCGGAGCGAAGUGGGAGCCGAGCCAAGCCGAGUCUCCUCUCCUUCCCCUUCCUCGCAGCGCCCUCCCCGUCCGAAUUCGGGGCCGGAUCGAGCAGGCGGAGAGCUUGAACUGAGCUAUGGACAACUUGUGGCAUCUCGGAGAUGAGUUCCGUGGUCAAUCAAAGGUGGUGGAGGACCGCCAAUGGUCUCUCAUGACAUCAAAGCUGGCUGAGAUCACAAAGUCAAAGGCUGAGAGGAUGAAUGACUUUGAGUAUGCAAGGAUGAACACUGUCCCUGAUGUGAAGCAAUGGGAUAAGCUAUCCUACCACCAAGAAGACAACAAGAUGGACCACCUCAAUCUUGGCCUCAUGAACCUGGAUCUUAAGAUGAAUGAUCUCAAGAUGAAUGAGGCUGCCAUGAAGUACCCUUUCCGCAACAUGGCCUAUAACAUGAAUCCGAUGUACCCCAAGGGAAACAAUGGUAAUGUCAAUUCAUUCAAGAUGAAUGUUGGGGUCAACAAAUAUCCCAAUAAUCAAAAUGGGAAGGAAGCAAACGGCAAACACAAUGGUGGUAACAACAACAAUGGAGGCAACAGCAACAACAACUCUGUUGACAAGCGCUUCAAAACAUUGCCAACAAGCGAGAUGCUACCGAGGAAUGAAGUUCUUGGUGGAUACAUCUUUGUCUGCAACAAUGAUACCAUGCAGGAGGAUCUCAAGAGGCAGCUUUUUGGCUUGCCAGCAAGAUAUCGUGAUUCAGUCCGAGCAAUCACUCCCGGUCUACCUCUUUUCCUCUAUAACUACACGACCCAUCAACUCCAUGGGGUGUUUGAGGCUGCUAGUUUUGGAGGAUCAAACAUUGAUCCCACCGCCUGGGAAGAUAAAAAGUGCAAAGGCGAAUCCAGAUUCCCAGCACAGGUGAGAAUCCGCAUUAGAAGGCUGUGCAAGGCCUUGGAAGAGGAUGCUUUUAGGCCAGUGCUGCACCACUAUGAUGGUCCUAAAUUCCGCCUUGAGCUCUCCAUAGCAGAGACACUGUCACUGCUAGACCUUUGCAAGUCAGAAGACGCCUAAUCUGCUUCGGAACAUGGGUGUGGUUGCUCUGUGGUUCUUUUUAGUAAAUAUCAUCCCUGUAAGUUGUGGAAGAUGUUUUCACAAUGUUCUGUUCUGUCCGUCGUCCAUGAAAGCGCAAGCUGUUGGUUGGUGGUUGCAUUUCCCCCAGAAAGGACCUGGUACUUGGAAGAAGUAGGCCUCUAAGAUGUGAGCCUGUCUCUGUGUUGGUGCCGUCCGUCUGUAAUCUCGGUGAUCUGUAUGUUCUCCUUAUUUAUGUAUUUGUAGUGCAGUAUGCCCGCCGCCAGCGGGGAAACCCCCCCGAAAGAUGGGGGGGAUACUGUUGUGAUGCAUCAUGAAUGCCCCAAAGUGAGGGCGGUUUUUGUAUCAUCAUGCUGGAGUGUAUCUGUUGUCUUUGUACCUUGGUUGGGAAAGUUGGAACCUUGCAUUUUACUUGGAUGCUGUUUUUGUA